GCUCCGCCCCCCCCGCCCCGCUGCGGCGGCCAAUGGGAACGGGGCGGCCGCUGACGUCACGCGGACGGUCCGGCAGCCGCAGGGGCGGCGGAGGGCGCGGGUCGGUCAGUGCGUGUCCCGCCGCGGCCGCAGCACCGUGUCCCGGGUGUCCAUCCGCCAUGUCGCGACACAGCUCGCAGGACGAGAACCUGCAGGGUUCCUGGGUAGAGCUCCACUUCAGCAGCAACGGCAAUGGCAGCACCGCCACCCCGACGGGCCAGGAGCAGGUGCCUGCCUCCAUUUCCAUUCACAACGGCGACAUGGAGAAGAUUCUCCUGGAUGCUCAGCACGAGUCUGGAAGAAGCAGCUCAAGAGAAAGUUCUCAUUGCGACAGCCCUCCUCGUUCCCAGACACCCCAGGACAGUCACCGAGCUCUGGAAUUAGAGAGUCACAGCAGCGGGGAGAAGAACAGCUUUCAGUCUGAAGAAGAUUUCCUGGAGAGGAGGAGGGAGGUGGAAAGGCUCCUGAAGAAGAACGCGGACUGGAUAUGGGACUGGUCCAGCCGGCCCGAGAACAUCCCCCCAAAGGAGUUCCUCUUCAAGCACCCGCGGCGCACGGCGACCCUGAGCAUGAGGAACACCAGCGUCAUGAAGAAAGGAGGGAUAUUCUCAGCCGAGUUCUUGAAGGUUUUUCUCCCAUCUCUGCUUCUCUCUCAUUUGCUUGCCAUUGGACUAGGGGUCUACAUCGGGAGACGCCUCACGACCACGGCUUCGAGCAGCACGUUUUGAAGGCACCGGCGUUUGGAAGCAAAGCAAACGCUGAGCUGGGAGCACAGGACGGGGAGAGCAGAAGGGGCUGAGCCCGCGCUGACUGCGUGGUCUGUAACUGCUGUGUUGCUGGUUCGGGAAAAGGGAAAGAGACAGUGGAGCUGGGGGAUCAGAUGCAGCCUCCGGAUCAGCCCACAGAGCAUGGUUUAGAUGCUGUAACAUCCGCUGUAUUGCUUUGUAGUGAAGUAUCUUUGAAAAUUCAACCGCUUGGUGUUUCAGAACAAGCCUGGCUUUAAUAGAGCAGUUGUGCUUCAGCUGGGCAUUCACCUGCACUGCUGUCCUGUUGUGCUUCAUCCGCGUGAGUGUUCAUCGCUGCUGCUGUAAUCAUGACAACAAGGGACUAGCCUAAACAAUGUGUGGCCUUAUGUAUCUCUAGGGGAACCCGGAGCCUUUCCCUGGCUCGGGGCAGCUCCCCGGUCGGUUCUGCUCGGCUCCUCGUGGCUGUGGCACCGUCAGCCGCGAGAAACGAGCAGAGCACCAACUUCCCCGGGGUUUCACUAGUUCAGCGUGUGAUGCACAACAGCCUGAGUUAAAAUUUGGACUUUAGUGCCUAAUAAAUAGUUUGUUUUGCAAAGACACUUAUUUAAGUCCCCAAUUAUUAGUCGUUCCUUCUGUUGUAUCUACCUGCAGACUACUGCUUCUCAGUCUUCUCAUCUGUAAAGUAAUAACAUUUGCAUCUUAUAUUUGCCUCCUCCUUGUAUAGAUUUAAAAAACGGUUGCUUGCGUAUUUGUUUUUACUAAUGGAAUGCUUUUUCAUUCAGUGAUUUUACCUUAUUUAAUGAGAAGAAAAUGAACAUUUGCCAAAAUAUUGUGUUUUAUAUAUUUAAAUAAAAAGGUUCCUUGUGGAUUCAGAGUUCUCUCAUUCCUUUUUCUCUAGUCAUUGUUGAAAGCGGCUGACAAUGCUCUUUGUCUUUGAACGAGAGCUUCACCCUGUUCACUUGCAUAACCGACCUAAGUUUCUGUAGGAAACAGCUUCCUUGCUUGUUCUUGAAGGGGCCUGUGGCUCGGCCGGCAGCAGAAGCCACUCGGUGAGCAGAAACUCGCUGAACUCGCAGAUGCGCAUUUGACUUUGUACUGUCAUCAUCAUUUACAAAAUAAAUUUGCUACUUUAUCCUUA